AUGAGCUUUGAAGACAAAGAGACAGAAAGACAGCUAGAGAAGGAAAGUGAGAGAGAAAUAGAGAGAAGAGAGAAGAGAGAGAGAAAAAGAAGUGAGAAAGUAAAAAAGGGAGAGAAAAAGAGAAAGAAAGAGAAAACUGAGAGAGAAAAAAUGGAUAAAGAGAGAGAGAGAGAACGAGGGAGAAUG